UUAAGCCCCAUGUGUACCACACUGGCACACACUCUAGUUUUAUCUGGGACCGUGUGUACCUAUCAGGCCACAGCGAAGUGUCGUGUUCCUAAUGCCGUGGCUCGUCGAGGAUCGCAUUUGCCGUGCUUUCUUAUGUAUAAAUGUGUGUAAACGGUCUGUGGUAAACAAAAUCAGAGGUUGGUCCGUUAAACCACGUGUUCACAAACAGGUUAGGUUAUAAUUUCUAACAUGCUUCAGUCAGUAUCGGUUCGAACGUCUAACGAGGCUAACACUAUUUUCUCUUCAGUUUUUUGUUAAAAAGUGGAACUAAAAACUAAGAUAAUGUUCCGUAAAGGACUAUCGGAAGACGAACUUCGCAGACUUGCUGAGGAGAGUGACUUUAGUGAUAGUAGUAUGUCUGAAAGUACGUUUUAUGAUUCUGAUGCCGAUCCAGUGUACAAUGAAAAUGUUACUGAUGGUUCUUCAGACUCAUACAGUAGUGAAUAUGAGUCUCGUAGAAAAAAAGCUAAAAUUUGCAAACAAACACAAAAUUGCAAAGAAUUUACUGCAGGUUCUAGUUCUAACCAAAAGGAGGCUGAUACAAGAAGGAUAGGUAAAUUAUUUAAGAAUGCACAAAUUCGGUUUGUACUUUACUUUUUUUUUUGCUUUGUAGAAAAAGCUGAAUCUGCAAACGUUAGCCUGGAAGCUGUUAUUGACGAUGUAUCAAGAAAUAAAAUAACUGCAGGUCCUAGUUGUAUCCAAAAGGAGGCUGAUACAAGAAGGAUAGAAAAAGCUGAAUCUGCAAACGUUAGCCUGGAAGCUGUUAUUGACGAUGUUGUAUCAAGAAAUAAAAUAACAUGGAGCGAUGUGCCAAAUCCAGAUGAUCUCAAUAAGUUCGAACUAUCAUUUACUUCAGGAAUAAAUCAGGAAGAACUCGCAAAACUUACAGACCACAAACCAAUAGAUUUCUACCUACUGUUUAUCGACCGUCAAGUGCAAGAUUUGUUGGUUACUGAAACUAAUAAAUACGCCGAACAAACCAUAAUCGCUGGUAUUGUAAAUGAGUCAAUAACGAAACAUUCGCUUAUGAGUAACUGGAGACCAAUUGACAGAAAAGAAUUGCUUCGAUUUUUGGCUCUCAUUAUUUGGAUGGGGUUAGACAGAAAACCGAAACUCAGAAAUUAUUGGAGUAACAAUUUACUUUACAAAAAUGAAGUUUCUAAAAUGUGUGAAAUAAGUAGAAGUCGAUUUGAAAUAUUAUUACACUUCUUUCACAUUUCAGAUAACGAGAGCUGCCCACCUGGAAACAGACUCUACAAAAUUUCUCCUCUUGUACAAAUACUAAAUGAAAAGUUUCAGAAAAUGUGUACUCCUAGAGAAUCGUUAUGUAUUGACGAAACUAUGGUGCCAUUUCGUGGUAGACUUAGUUUUUUGCAAUACAUUCCUGGAAAAAGACACAAAUAUGGAGUCAAAUUGUUUAAACUUUGCGUCGCAGAUGGAUAUACGUACGCCGUUAAAGUGUACGGUGGAAAAGAGAUGCAACCAUCUGAAAAGUCGUUAGCAUCCAGAGUGGUGAUGGAACUUAUGCAACCGCUUCUAGAUACAGGCAGAAGUUUAUAUACUGAUAAUUUUUAUACGAGUGUUGACUUGGCUCAUGAUUUAAAUAAUAGGAAAACCCAUUUAGUCGGAACAUUACGUUCCAAUAGGAAACAUAAUCCCAAAGCGGUAGUCAAUGCAAAAUUAAAAAGAGGUGACAUGAAGUAUCUACAGAGUAAUACAAAAGUUGUUAUCGGAAAUUGGAAAGAUAAACGGGACGUUUUGUUUUUAACGACCAAGGAUAUUCCUUUGAUGAUAGAUGUUCAAACAAAACGUGGACCUGUUCCCAAACCAUCGACCAUUGUUGACUAUAAUUCUGCAAAAUCUUUUAUCGAUGUGUCGGAUCAAAAGGCUGCAUAUAAUUCCCCUGUUCGACGAAGUAUGAAGUGGUAUCGUAAAUUGGCUGUGGAAUUACUAACAAAUACCGCACUUGUGAACUCUUUAGUUCUCUACAAAUCUGUUACUGGCAAACAUCUCUAA